AUGUACGUGUACAUUUCUUUACAGCAGAGAUCAAUUGCUCUUAGGCAGGAGACUGCAACGGAUACGACCGGGGGUACUACACCGGCGCCACCACCCACCACUCAAUCGCAAACCGUCGAAGAGACCACCACGCCUCGUGCGUCUGACACACCCUCUCGAACGACACCGGUCCCUUCAUCCACCGACGAGGUAACACCGACAUCACCCCAGACGACACCAACGACACCAACGACACCGACAACAACAAAUGAGCCUACAACAACCCAGCAAACAUCAGCAUCAACCCCUCCAACCACUUCCCCCACCCAGCCAACUACAUCAAGGAUUGAAACAUCCGAAACGCAAAUAACCACUACCCAACUCACAUCUACAUCACCCACAAGUCAGAGCACAACGCCACUGGCUUCUGUUACCACCACACAAAGUGAGAUUACCAGUGCCUUGCCGUCAACCACUUCUAUUCCCACAUUGCCUACCACAUCUUCUACGCUCGACGUAUCUCUUUCUACUGUGUCCACUGUAUCCACAACCUCAGGCCCCUCUUCGGCAGUAUCAGAUACGCAAACUUCAUCGCAUGAAUCAAUUUCUUCGCCACCUACUGAUACGGGCACAUCCCGAACAUCCACUCCAGUUAUAACUACUUCUGGUUCAGACAGUAAUACUAUCCCUACAACAGCUUCGGCGCCAGCAACAACCACUACACAAACACAAACACAGACACCAACACCAACACCGACGCCGACACAGACACCAACGCCGUCACCAACGCCGACACAGACACCGGCGCCCACAACGCCCACGACCACAAUUUCGACUACGCCAGUCCAAGAGUCUACCACCAUCAACUCCGCGUCAUCGUCGACAUUGACGAGCGUUACCGUAACCACAACAGCUACUGUUGAUGGCCGACUCACAACGGCAAGUUACGUUUUUACUACAGUUGUUCCGACUCUUGCAAGCCUACCAGAAGGAACCUCAGGUCUCUCGGCCCGAAGUUCAAAAAUAGUUGGAGGCGUUGUUGGGGGUACACUGGCUUUGCUAGGCAUACUACUUGUCUUGUUUUAUAUCAGCAGACGUAGACGAAAAGCUGCGGCAGUGAGAGAUGCACCUCGUCUUCAAGCCCCACGACAGAUGCUGGAUGCCGACGAUUUUGAUCUUGCUGAACCUGCCCCUGCCCCUUAUGCGUACGGAAUGGUUGGCGCUCGUGCUAACCCGAAUCCGAGCGGUAGCAUAUUUCAUGAAGGGCUCCCCGGGACGAGCACGCAACACACUCAUUCAUACUCGCGGAGUAUGGUUAGCGAAAACGAUCCAUUGCUGGCACACCAUAUGCGCGGAGGUUCAGCAGAUAUUGAUAGUGUUGCAACCUCAUCUCCUCGCGAAUCCACACAUUUUCGUGCCUCGUCCACAACGGCGCUACUUUAUGACCCCAGUGACCCUUUUGGGGAUCAUGCUUCCCAGUCGACCGGCACUGCCCCACGAUCUCAACCACUCGCCGGGACUAAGGCGUUGGAGGCAAGGUCCCGAGGCCCCGACCAACAUGUCUACCCUCCCUCGGCGUACCGUGGCCCAGUUACUUCUUCUGAGCCAUUGCCUUCAUCAUCUCCUGUCAUAGUUCACCAAGACGCUGGGCACUUUGAUAUACCGGAUAUACAGGGCCCCCCUGCCUAUGGUAACACGCCCCGUUAA